CGCGUUCUUAAAGGGCCAGCGUACUCUUGUCCUUUUGUUCCGGGGCCGCAGGGCGCGGCAGGUCGGAUUUUGUCCGUCGUAUAAUCUGCGUUCCAGAACGGCUAUGAUUUCCCAAUUCUUCAUUCUGUCCUCCAAGGGGGACCCGCUCAUCUACAAGGACUUCCGCGGGGACAGUGGCGGCCGCGAUGUGGCGGAUCUCUUCUACCGGAAGCUCAUGGCCCUGCCGGGAGACGAGUCUCCAGUUGUCAUGCACCAUGAGGACCGUCACUUCAUUCACAUCAGACACAGCAGCCUCUACUUGGUGGCCACUACUUCUGAGAACCUUUCUUCUCCGUUCAGCCUCCUGGAGCUGCUGUCACGGUUGGCCACUCUCCUGGGCGACUACUGUGGCUCCCUGAACGAGGGCACCAUCUCCCGCAACGUGGCUCUGGUUUAUGAGCUCCUGGAUGAGGUGCUGGACUAUGGCUACAUCCAGACCACAUCUACGGAUAUGCUGCGGAACUUCAUCCAGACUGAAGCCGUGGUCAGCAAGCCCUUCAGCCUGUUUGACCUCAGCAGCGUGGGCCUGUUUGGGGCUGAGACCCAGCAGAGUAAGGUGGCCCCCAGCAGUGCAGCAGGGCGCCCCGUCCUGUCCAGCCGCUCUGAUCAGAGCCAAAAGAAUGAAGUGUUCCUGGACGUGGUGGAACGACUGUCUGUGCUGAUAGCAUCUAACGGCUCGCUGCUGAAGGUGGACGUGCAGGGUGAGAUCCGGCUUAAGAGCUUCCUUCCCAGUGGCUCAGAGAUGCGCAUAGGCUUGACGGAGGAAUUCUGCGUGGGGAAAUCAGAACUCAGAGGUUAUGGACCGGGCAUCCAUGUGGACGAGGUCUCCUUCCACAGCUCCGUGCAGCUGGAGGAGUUCGAGUCGCACCGGAUCCUCCGGCUGCAGCCGCCUCAGGGCGAGCUGACCGUCAUGCGGUACCAGCUCUCAGAUGACCUUCCUUCCCCACUCCCCUUCCGGCUCUUCCCCUCCGUGCAGUGGGACCGAGGCUCAGGCAGGCUCCAGGUUUACCUAAAGUUACGGUGUGACCUGCCCCCCAAGAGCCAGGCUCUCAACGUCAGGCUGCACCUCCCCCUGCCUCGAGGAGUGGUCAGCCUGUCUCAGGAGCUGAGCAGCCCAGAGCAGAAGGCAGCAUUGGGGGAGGGAGCCCUCCACUGGGACCUACCUCGGGUGCAGGGGGCCUCCCAGCUAUCCGGCCUCUUCCAGAUGGACGUGCCAGGCCUCCCAGGCCAGGCUUCCUCCACGUCAGCCCCUCCCCUGGGGCUGGGCCCAGCCAGCCUCUCCUUUGAGCUUCCAAGGCACACGUGCUCCGGCCUACAGGUGCGAUUCCUACGACUGACCUCCAGGCCUGGUACCAGUGCCAUCCCCCACAAGUGGGUUCGGCACCUGAGCCACAGUGAUGCCUACGUCAUUCGGAUCUGAGGCCCUGGGCCAGUAGCAGCCCAUGUGUCCUCUCCAGCCUUCAGGU